AUGGAGACCAAAUCAUCCGUGUACCUUUCUAUGCUUCCACUUUGGUUCCUGUGUUUCAUCAUAAUAAUCUUGGUCUCACCAGCAUCAUCAACAAGGUAUGAUGACCAUAUCUCAUUUAGAGCGAUUAACAAAGAAGAAAAAUUCCAUUUCCCAAAAGACUUCCUCUUUGGCACUGCUUCUUCUGCUUACCAGUAUGAAGGAGCUUACUUAACCGACGGCAAAAGUUUAAGCAAUUGGGACGUUUUCACUGAGAUCCCUGGAAAAAUUGAGGAUGGAAGCAAUGGGAAAGUUGCUAUUGAUCAUUACCAUCGUUAUCCGGGAGAUUUGGAUCUGCUGAAAGAUCUUGGAGUUGAUAGCUAUCGGUUUUCUUUGUCAUGGGCUCGGAUUCUUCCAAGGGGCAGAUUUGGAGAUGUGAACAUGGAAGGUAUUAACCAUUACAACAGAGUCAUCAAUGCUGUUCUCGAGAGAGGGAUGGAGCCAUUUGUGACGUUGACACAUUACGACAUUCCACAAGAACUCGAAGUUAGAUACAGAAGUUGGCUAAGUCCUCAAAUCCGGGAAGAUUUCGUUCACUAUGCAGAGAUUUGCUUCCAAUACUUUGGGGACAGAGUUAAAUUCUGGACCACGUUUAACGAACCAAACGUUCAAGUACUUAACAGUUACCGGACAGGGGAGUACCCGCCAUCACGUUGUUCCAAGCCUUUCGGAAACUGCACACGUGGAAACUCCGACAUAGAGCCACUUGUCGCUGCUCACAACAUUAUCCGCUCACAUCUAGCCGCCGUCUAUACAUACCGGAUGAAAUAUCAGGAGGAACAAAGAGGAAAGAUCGGUCUUGUGAUGAGCGCGAACUGGUUUGAACCGGUUAGUGAUUCUUUAGCAGAUAGAUUAGCAGCUGAGAGAGCUCUAGCUUUCUAUUUGACUUGGUUCUUGGAUCCGGUUGUGUAUGGAAGAUAUCCGAAAGAAAUGCAAGAAAUUCUUGGAGAAGAUCUCCCUGAAUUCACAAAAGAUGAUCUUAAACUCUCCAAGAAUGGAUUAGACUACAUUGGGAUUAAUCAGUACACAGGCAGAUACGCAAAAGACUGUCUACAUUCCGCAUGUGAACCGGGCAAAGGAGGUUCUAGAGUUGAAGGUUUCGUCAAUAAUCACGCUCUUAAAGACGGUUUAGCUUUAGGAGAACCGACUAGUAUAAGUUGGUUGAAUGUUUAUCCUCAAGGAAUGGAGAAAGUGUUGAUGUACGCAACAGAGCGUUACAAAAACAUUCCAUUGUAUGUAACAGAAAACGGUUAUGGUGAGAACAGUACCGGAGCAUUGUUAAACGAUCACCGGAGAAUAAAGUACAUGAGUAGCUACUUAGAUGCACUAAAAAGAGCAAUGAGGAAAGGAGCACAUGUAAGAGGAUAUUUCACAUGGUCUUUACUAGACAACUUCGAGUGGGUAUAUGGUUAUACCUUAAGAUUUGGUCUGUACCAUGUUGAUUUCGAUACUCUAGAGAGAACCCCGAGACUCUCAGCUUCUUGGUACAAGAACUUCAUUGUCAAGAACAGAGCUCAAUCCAAAGAUGAUGAUGCCUGA